AUGGCCUAUGACCGCUACAUUGCCAUCUGCAAACCCCUGCACUACGGGACCCUCCUGGGCAGCAGAGCUUGUGUCCACAUGGCAGCAGCUGCCUGGGGCAGUGGGUUGCUCAAUGCUGUGCUGCACACAGCCAAUACAUUGUCACUACCGCUCUGCAAAGGCAAUGCCUUGGACCAGUUCUUCUGUGAAAUCCCACAGAUCCUCAAGCUCUCCUGCUCAGACACCUACCUCAGGGAAGUUGGACUUCUUGUGGUUACUGCUUGUUUCAGUUUUGGGUGUUUUAUUUUCAUCGUGCUGUCCUAUGUGCAGAUCUUGAGGGCUGUGCUGAGGAUCCCCUCUGAGCAGGGACGGCAUAAAGCCUUUUCCACAUGCCUCCCUCACCUGGCCGUGGUCUCCCUGUUUAUCACUACUGCCAUGUUUGCCUACCUGAAGCCCCCCUCCAUCUCCUCCCCAUCCCUGGACCUGGUGGUGGCAGUUCUGUACUCAGUGGUGCCUCCAGCAGUGAACCCCCUCAUCUACAGCAUGAGGAACCAGGAGCUUAAGGUCACACUGAAGAAGCUGAUUCUGUCAGUAGUCUCGCAGCAGCAUUAA